CUGUGUUUUAGUUGUGAUGGACGUCGUGAAUGUCAUUUUGUGGUUGGUAACGACUUCUUCGUACAUGAUCCAUGCCCAGGAGUGAAGAAAUACCUUGAAGUGACGUAUUUGUGUGUCGCGGAUGUGACCACCACAACAACCACUACGACAACAACCACCACCACUACCACUACAUCCACCACAACAGAGGUGGAGGAUGAUGUUAAAGAAGAUAUGAGCGCAAAAUCUGCACCAUUAACGUGUGCAGCAACUUCGAGAAGAGGAAUCGAAUGGCCUGCGACCAUCUCUGGAACGACGGUGAACCGGCCGUGUCCCGAAGGCACGAGAGGCACGUCCUCGUGGAAAUGUACUGCCGAGGGGCUGUGGUCAGAACCUGGUCCGAAUACAGUGGAGUGUCGCAGUGAUUGGACCAUUCAACGGCAGGAUGCUCUCGAAGAGACGAUAAAAGAUCAGGAUGCAAGCGGAAUUCCGGAGCUUCUUCGAGCGAUGACGUCUGAUACCCGAAGACCCAUGGUAGCGGGCGAUUUGCCAAAACUUCUAAACAUUCUUGACAUCGUUCAAGAUGUUGUUGGCAGAGAAGUGUGGGCAAAAAGUAGUCAGAAGUUGGUGAACCAGCUCAUUGUGAACGUCGUUCAUAAUGCCCUUCGAGCGAAGGAAAUGUGGCAGAACUGGCCGUCAGUGAAGCGUCAAACUUUUGCCACAAGACUUUUGAAUGGUGUUGAACGAGCCAUGACCUCCUCCUCAACAACUGUCUAUUCGUCUGAGAACUAUGUGCAACCGUUGGUGAUGACAGAGAUGAGCGAAAGCAUUCGGACUUCUUCGCAACCAUCGAAUUACUUCCUGUUUCCUUCAAUGGCCCUUUGGGCGGGUGAAAAUAACGUGGAUAGCGUUGAUGUUCCACGGGAAGCUCUUGAAAUGACAGGAUUGGGUGCGUCAUCGUCUGCUAAGUGUCUUUGUGACUACCGUGCGCGAGUCUACUAUGCGUCUUUCGCCAAUAUUGGUGAAGAAAUGGAACCAGCAGUGGAGAUAUCACCCGGAUCUGAACAGAAGCCGACUGGACUAGAACGACGACGUCGAAUCGUUUCCCGUGUGGUUGCGGUGUCGCUCGUUCUCGAUGGCAAAGUUAUAAGGCUACCAGAACUUCCUAAGCCGGUAGGAUGA